AUGGUGAUCGAUGAAGCCAACAGCAUUGACGAUAGCUCUUCUGAUAACUCUGGUGUAUUCGAAGAGGAUCGAACUAGACAACAGAUUGUCGAUGAAAUAGUAGAGACAGAGACCAACUAUGUAGCCGACUUAAAGAUCAUUGUCAGUCUAUUCAUCGACCCCAUUCGUAGUAAGAUCAAGCCAGAGGAAUACAUCGAAGUGUUUGGAAACAUUGAGAAGAUUUUGGACCUUCACAAAGAACUACUGGUCAAUGUCAUGCCCAUUCCAUCAAAGCAAGCUCAACAACAGAACAUGGGAGAGUCACUCUACCGGUCGUUCAAUCACAAAGACUUUGUACCCCUCUAUAUAGCCUUCUGCAAGGAGCAAGAGAACAACACGAUCGCCUUUGAGAAGUUAAGGUCUUCAUCAAAGACAUUCGCUGCUUGUGUUGACGCUGCCAAGGAGAGUCCACUGAGCCGACGACUUACAUUCCCAAUGAUGAUUAUCAAGCCAGUACAGAGGAUAACAAAGUACCCGUUGUUGCUCAGGAAUCUGAUCGAGCAUACACCCAAAGACUAUCAGGAUUUUGAGUUCCUCCAGAUGUCACUUGCAAAGAUCAGCGGAGUGUUGGAUGAGGUAAACAAUCAAAAGAGGAUUUUGGACGACAGGAUAACGAAGAUCAAGAAGUUAAAGGAGCUUGCCACCAAUCUUGACUAUGGCGAUAAGAAAUUGCCAGAGUCCACAACAAGGGAGUUUGUCAGAGAAGGAACUCUCUCACUGGGGCUUGAGGAGGAGACACUACGGUGUUUAUUAUUUAAUGAUGUAUUUAUAUUGACAAAGAAUAAGAAGAAGAACGCUAGGGUUGUCAAGAUACUGGUACUUUCAAAGGUGCUUGUCAGGAACUAUAUAGAGGUUGUCUAUGGCUCCAGUCUCGGUUUCGAGUUGAUCUCAUUGGAAAAGGAGGAAACACUUCCUCUCUACUUUGGCAGCGAUAUUGAACGCAACGAUUGGUUCGAAGCAUUGUACAGACACUCCAACGCAGUCAUUGACAAUGUCACACGUGGGAAAUACUAUUGGUUCACCAACAAAUGUGUAUCCUACGGAGACAAGAGCUGGGCAAACGACACACUGAAGGGCUACAGUGGCACACCACCCCUCAGACCAAACACUCCAACAACAUCGAUCUUGGGCACUUCUUCACCGGGCAGACUCCUUUCAUCACCUGUCAACCACGUUGGCUCCUCCAUCAGACCAAUAUCACCAGUAUCAAUUACAGCUGGCAGCAAGUCACCACCAACCAAUAUCAUCCGGACCACUUCAUCUCCGACUUUUGGCAAUGAAUUGAAGCCAAUCCCAAGGAAGAUGCCAGCAACAAUCUCAUCUAUAAAGAUUACAGAUGACAACAGCAGUAUACACGGCGGUUCAGGUGGACCCAACCCUCCUCGAAGACCUGUGGGACAAAACCAGUCCCAGCCACCCCUUUCCAAACCUUUGGGUGCCACCACAGAGCCUCGUGCCAACACUCCUCCAGUGCCCCCUCGAACUGAACAAGGUCCUCCUCGAGGAAUGCCAUCUAGACCAACUAAUGGUUCCACUCAACUGCAACAGACCCGCACCAAUGCAAACAUCUUCAUCAUCACCAACCUUAAAGCCUGCACAAACGAGACCAAUGCCUGCAACACCACCGUUGAAACCGUCACCUAUAAGACCAGGACAGAUGAAGCCUACGGCUUCAACACCACCAAUGAGGCCAGCUCAGCCACUGAAACCAGCACCAUUAUCCCCACCUUCACCUGUUAA